AUGAAGAACGAUACUCACAAGACGUUCGGCGAGAUCUUCGAUGGCGAUAUCACGGCUUUCCGCAAGCAACUGCUAGAGAUCCAACACAUCCAAGCUGAUCGGAAGAAGGCUGAAGACUGGGUAUCGAAACUUCGCUUCUUAGAUAUUUCCAAAGUCCCAAACCUACUGGACGAGGAAGUUCAACAGCAAGUCUCUUACGCUUACGAGCCUCCCGAUGACCCGUGGCUUGAUCCAGAGAUACCGUCGCAUGAAAUCCCUGUUACAGAGCGCGAAGAUGACGACAGCGAGGUUGAAUACAUUGCUGUCUCUUGGAAGUGGGAAGAACGCCAUCAUGAUGCAACCAAGUCACCUGUCUUCGAAUACCAAAUCAAGAGAUCUGAUGGCCCAGCCCAUAAAAGUAGCUUUCCAGGCCGCUACAUGGAUCGAGUAAUUCGAUUCGCCCAGAGCAAGAGCAUCAACGCGUCCAAAUUAUGGAUUGACAAGGAAUGUAUAUAUCAGAGACGCGAAGACGAACACAUCUUCCCAGAUGACAAAGAGCUUGGUGUUCAGAUCAUGGACGUUGUGUAUGGCGGCAGCACCUUGUCAGUUGGCUUACUUACGGUGGAGCUUGCACGCGAGCACGAAAUUGACCUCCUAUCGGAGCUGCUUCAAGGCGAAAUCUUUGCCAAUCCCAGGUCCCAAAGCUCGCCACGACUGGGACCCGGAGUUGACAAGAGGGCAGUACAGAUGCUCAUCCUGCGUAUCUUGAGCGAUCCACGCUGGUCGCGCGGAUGGAUUUUUCAGGAAGAUCAUUUGGCUUCCCAUCGGAUGAUCCUGCUUAUACCAUGUCCCCGAGGUAUUCGCAAAGAUCGCGGAUACAACUUUGGUGAUACCAUGGGGGAGUUACAAGUCAGACUCAAGGAUUUCCGACAAUCCGUUACCAUGUUUUGCGAGGCCACCUACAAGGAUCAAGGACGAUGGCCGAAUACUGAGUUUUUGGGAAAGGCAAAACAGUACAAUAUCUGCAAUAAGAGCCUCGUAUUUGGGGGUAUCCUUCACGCCUACUCCCAGCGUCUUUGGAGGGAUGAUUCUAGCGAUGAAAGCAACCCUAGAGUUGAAGCCUACCCCACUACGACUAACAGCGUUCUGGAAGACAUUUGCAACCGAUCACUGGAGCAUGAGGAGGACAGGAUCGCCAUUCUUGCAAACGCUUUGAGGUUCAAUAAGCGACUAAACCUCGCAAAAGAUUCUCCCUUGCUCGAGGUGGGCCAAUACAGUCUCUCUGUAGCACUGCUCGCACUUGUGCUCAUGAAUGGUGAGAUUCUGCGCGAUGUAUCGUUGCAGAAAGAUCUGAUGACAUUCACAUUGCAGUCAUACCUAGAUGCAUGCAAAUACAAAUUUGUUGUUCCUAACCUCAGAUACCGGCAGAGUUUCGUCGACCGUUGCCGCUUCAGGUCACCAAUCAUCACUCCUCGUGGUCUUGAGACGAAAGGCUUCCUGUUCACGCUACUGCCUAAAAGGCCAUCAAAGGAUAGAGCACAUAGAUACAACCCUCUCCUCCUCACGACCUCGGAUCGGCAAACCCUGUCGCCAAUGGGCGGAGGUCCAAUGCUUGGAGGCAAGAAGCUGAACAAGAAUGCACACACAGUAUUGAAUCUGGUGGUCCGGAAGCUGGAGGCACUAUGGCCAGGUAGUAAGCUCGCCAGGCAUAUGCUGCGGCACUUAUCGUUCGACCAUCGUCAGCGACAAGGGGAAGACGUACCGCCGUCUGCAUCAUAUGUACUGGAUAUGAUGUCCGUCCUUUACCAAGCUCUUUGUGAGGACGAUCAAAAGCUACGUCUCGCGCGAUUAGCUUCGGCCCCUUUCGACGGAGAGCCUGUUGCCAUCUUUAUUGAGCCGACGCCGGACGGCUGGAUAAUGGAGUCUCCAGACACCAAAACACAAGACGGGAAGCCGAUUCUCGCCAACGUAUUUACCAGCUGGGACGCCACGCGGAAGCCCUACAACAAAGACCGGGUCGUGAGCUUAUCAGUCGCUAUAGAAGAUGGCAAGGGCACAAGACAGAGCUGGGACAGUCGGACUUGUUACAUGGAAAAUACGGGAUGGGUAUACGGAGUUUGUUUCUACGCAUGCGCAGCCACAGGAGAAGGUUUGGUGCUGACUGGUCCAAACAAGAAGCAAACGAGCGUAUCACUUGCUUCUUCACCGCCCUCCAAGAACCAACACCGGUCACUCAACCAAAGCAUGUCUUCCCAAACUAAAAAGCUCGUCCUGAAAUUCUCUCUUACCCCGCUUACAUACCUGUUCACUCGUGCCAACUCGCUCUUUCAAUCGCAGCGCAGGGCAUGGAAAGACUUCGUCGAAAAUUCACCGGAUCCUGCUCUUGUAAAGCUGGUCAAUGGCCCCAUGGAGGAUACUGGAAGACUGCUGAACAUGACACAAAACUUUCUGCGAAAGCUCAUCGACUUGGCAGAGAUCAAAUUGAAGCAGGUGGAAACGGAAGCACAAAUAGCCGGUGCAGAAUGGCUCGACAACCCGACCGAUCCCAUGAACAACGCCAGAUUCCUCAUGGCGAGAAAGGUUCAUAGCGCCUACUUCAAGCAUAUGAGAGAGGCUUGGGAUGUUGAAUUAAAAAUUAUUCCUGGAAUACAGGCGAGAUUUGACGAUAUGGAGGACACGCUCGAGAAGCUCGCUGUGCUCAUACCAAUCGAGGAGCUGGCGCUGCCACUUGAGCCGUUCGUAGUCAAGGGAUUAGAGGUCAACGACAGGAUGUGGGUGUUUGCAAUAAGGUUAUUGGGCAUCUUGCGGACGGUUGAUAUCCCCCUCGGUGUUGCGACUGUGGCUGUCAACGUCGAAAAGUACCCAGAAGCGGACAAACUUGCGCGAGCAAGAUACAAAUUUGGGGACUACUGA